AUGGCCUCUCUCCGACCAAUGGCAAGACUGGUCGCUCCACGCGCUCAGCUUGCCCGCGCUCGUAUCGCCCAAUUCCAGCCCGCCAGGUUCGCAUCGAGCACGCAACAGCAACAACCCACGGAGGAGGCCUCGGAGGAGCUGAUCACACAGCCCGGCGAAGACAUCAACAUGAACGGCAACUACCCGGACCCAUCACUCACAUCCGCUCUGCCGCUGAAGAGACAGUUCCGCGACCCAUACGCCGACUGGUGGGACCCGCAGGAGCGAAGAAACUACGGCGAGCCCAUUCAUGAGGACAAUGAUAUCCUUGGAAUCUUCACUCCAGAAGAGUACACGCACUUCAAACCUGGCUGGGGCGCGGUUCUACUUGUGAGGUUGCAUCAGUAUGUCGGUACUGGACAACAGCUAAUGCCCAUGCAGGGAUCAUUCGUCGCCUCCGUCUUUGGGCUGGCGUACGUUGUCGGCAAAUUCUACCCAGAUAAGGUAUUUAUCCUGGAAGUGAGACGUCCGACACUCACUGACCUGCUGCAGCCUUCGGUUACACGACACUUUGAGGAUGGUCUCGAGGCGGAACUUGGCGGCCCCAAGGCUGUCCGCGCACGCAAGUCCGAGGACGACUGGGCGCCAUUGGACCGAUCAUAG